AGUUUCAUUGGUAUAGUAAAAUCUGUGUUUUUGAGAAAAGACAGGUUAUCAAGAAAAAACAAAAUGGGAAAAAGACAAAAUAGAUAAAAAUAAAUAAAUUAAAAGAAAUAGAAAAGGACUAAAAUACAGAAUAAGUAAGUUAUUAAAACACCACUCUUUUAAGUUAUUAAGUUUAUAGACUUAUAGAUAGAUAGAUAUAGAAACUGAAAUCUCAUCCUCUUGGAAGAAAAUCAAACCACACAACAUCACAAAUCUAAAUUCAAUAAACAAAAAGAAAAAGAUAGGCAACGGCAGUGCUGCUAAUGACCAGGAAAGCUAUUUCUCCCCCUUCUUUUCUAAAUUUAAUGAAAUAAAUGAAUAAAGAGUCUCUUAGUUUCUGGUCAUUUUUUUUCCUUUUGAAAAUCAGAGUAGUAUUCAUAUAAAUCUUGGAUAAUCAGGAAUUCCACAACUGGGUUCUUUAUUAUCUCUGCAACAAAUCUAACUGGGAUAUGGGAUUUGUGGACAAACAUGUGUUUGUUAUUAACUAAGCCAAGUUUGUUUUUGUUAAUCCCAUUCAAAACAAACAAUUCAAAAUGGCCAUAUUGUUGGCUCCACCACCACCAGUGUCAUGCUCAUACCAGCCACCUUUAACUCACAGAAUCAAUUAUCAUUCUCCUCAAUCAAACCCCAAACCAAAAUUAGAAGAUGUGUCCUUUACUUUCACUCAAAAAACCAAUACAACUCACCACCACCCACCUUGGUUUCAAGAGAUAAACAAGCUUUGCCAAUCUGGGAACCUUCCCAAGGCUCUGAAUCUCCUUAAUAAAAGUAGUGACUCUCAAGACUUUUCAGGGUAUCACUCUCGGAGGGAGGCCAUAGGGGUCUUGUUGCAGGCAUGUGGAUAUUGGAAAGACAUGGAAACUGGAGGCAAAAUCCAUGAACUGGUUUCUGCAUCAACCAGGUUUAGAAAUGACAUUGUUCUCAAUACCCGUCUUGUUACCAUGUACUCCAUGUGUGGUUCUCCUUUAGAUUCUCGUUUGGUUUUUGAUAGAUUACAGGAGAAGAACUUGUUUGUGUGGAAUGCACUUGUUAGUGCUUACACUAGGAAUCAACUGUUUGAUGAUUCAAUCAACUUGUUUGUUGAGUUGAUUUCGGAGACUGAUUUUAAACCUGAUUAUUUCACAUUCCCUUGUAUGUUUAAGGCAUGUUCUAGUAUUUUUGAUGUGGGGUUGGGGCAGGUGUUUCAUGGGAUGGCAAUAAAGGUGGGUUUGGUAAUGGAUGUUUUUGUGGGCAAUGCAUUGGUUGGUAUGUACGGAAAAUGUGGGUGUUUAGAGGAUGCAGUUCGAGUGUUUGAAAAAAUUCCUAAGAGGAACUUGGUUUCUUGGAAUUCAAUGAUUCGUGGAUUUUCCAAUAAUGGAUUAUCUUACGAAUGUUAUAAUUUAUUACGGGAGAUUUUGGGGGAAGGUUUCUUACCGGACGAUGCUACAAUAGUGACUUUGUUACCGGUGUGUGCUAGCGAGGGAAAUGUAGAUAUGGGGAUGGUGAUUCAUGGUUUGGCAGUGAAGUUGGGGCUCAAUGAGGAAAUGAUGGUGAAAAAUGCUUUGAUGGACAUGUAUUCGAAAUGUGGAUACUUAUCUGAAGCUAUGAUCUUGUUUGAUAAGAACAAUAAGAAAAAUGUGGUUUCAUGGAAUUCUAUGAUUGGAGGUUUCUCUAGGGAAGGAGAUAUAUAUGGAACAUUUGAUCUAUUACAACGAAUGCAAGUGGAAGACAAGAAUGUGAGGCCGAAUGAGAUCACGAUAUUGAAUGUGUUACCAGCUUGUUUAGAGGAGAAAGAGCUGGAAAGCUUAAAGGAAAUUCAUGGUUAUUCAGUCCGACAUGGGUUUCACGAUGAUGAAAUGGUAGCAAAUGCUUUUAUUGCAGCCUAUACCAAAUGUGGUUGUUUGGAUUAUGCUCAACAUAUGUUUUAUGGUAUACAGAAUAAGACUGUGAGCUCUUGGAAUGCACUAAUUGGUGGCUUUGCACAAAAUGGUAGUCCAAAGCAGGCGUUAGAUUUUUACUUCAAAAUGAAAAAUGCAGGGUUGGAUCCUGACUGGUUUACCAUUGGUAGUCUUAUUUUAGCUUGUGCCCAUUUAAAGUUUAUGCAUUACGCCAAACAAAUCCAUGGAUUUGUUCUACGUAAUGGGUUAGAUUGUGAUUCAUUUAUUGGCAUCUCUCUAAUGUCUAUUUACAUUCAAUGCAACAAGAUAUUAUAUGCACAUGCAUUGUUCUCUAGGAUGGAAGAUAAAGAUCUAGUAUGCUGGAACACUAUGCUAACUGGUUACACUCAGCUUGAACUACCUGGCGAAGCUCUUCAUCUUUUUCGACAAAUGCUUUCUAAUGGAGUUCGGCCAUAUGAGAUUGCAGUCACGAGUGCCUUUGAGGCUUGUUCGCAACUGUUAGCUUUGCGUCUUGGAAAAGAACUACAUUGCUUUGCCUUAAAAGCUCACCUCAUGGAAGACAUGUUUGUCGGUUGUUCUAUCUUAGAUAUGUAUGCAAAGAAUGGCUGCAUGGAGCAAGCUCAAAUGGUCUUUGACAGUUUGAGUGAAAGAGAUGUUGCAUCAUGGAAUGUUUUAAUUGCAGGAUAUGGAAUCAAUGGACAUGGAAGCAAGGCCUUGGAGCUAUUUGAAGAAAUGUAUAGAUUGUGGUUGAAGCCUGAUAGAUUUACAUUUAUUGGAGUUUUAAUGGCUUGUAGUCAUGCUGGAAUGGUCAAAGAAGGCAUACAAUAUUUCAAUGAGAUGCAGGAUUUGUAUGGAAUAGAACCGAAGUUAGAGCAUUAUGCUUGUGUAGUGGACAUGUUAGGCAGAGCUGGCCGAAUAGAAGAAGCUCUAAAGCUCACAAGUGAGAUGCCCGAGGAGGCAGAUGCUAGAAUCUGGAGCUCGUUGCUUAGCUCCUGUAGAAUUCAUGGAAAUUUGGAGAUGGGAACCAAAAUUGCACAGCGAUUGCUUGAAUUGGAGCCUGAAAAGGCAGAGAACUAUGUCUUGGUAUCGAAUUUGUAUGCUGGAUCAAGGAAAUGGGAUGAUGCGAGAAGAGUGCGACAAAGGAUGAAGAAGAUUGGCUUGCAGAAAGAUGCUGGGCGCAGCUGGAUUGAGCUCGGAGGGAAGGUAUACAGCUUCUUUGCUGGCGAUGAUAUGCUACCGAGUUCUAUGGAGAUUAGGGAUAUGUGGAAAAAUUUAGAGGAAAAGAUAACCUUGAUCGGAUAUGUACCGAAUACAAGCUGCGUGCUUCAUGAGCUAGAAGAAGAGGAGAAGAUUGAGAAAUUGAGAGGGCAUAGUGAGAAGUUGGCAAUUUCUUUUGGAUUAUUAAAGACAAGUAAAGGGUCAACUAUAAGAGUAUGCAAGAAUCUUAGAAUUUGUUUAGAUUGUCAUAAUGCAGCAAAGUUGAUAUCAAAAGCAUUUGAAAGGGAGAUAGUAGUGAGAGACAACAAGCGCUUUCAUCAUUUCAAAGAUGGCCUUUGUUCUUGUUCAGAUUAUUGGUAGACAAAAUUUUGAUGGUCAUUUUGUCCACAUGUUAGGAGAUAAAGUUGGAAUGGGGCAAAGGGGUUGGCUCAGAAGUGUUAGGCUGAGGCUAAUCUUCAAGAAUUAGAAUUUGAGAAGAAUAAACCAUUUGCAGGGACUAAGUAGAUUUUAAGAAAUUGACAAAUUGAUGGGAAAAAAAAAAAAAAUAAGAUGGGGUGAUCCGAUGGCACACUUGGUAUAGGUGUUUUAAGAGCUUGAUAGGAAGGAAUGGAGGUAAUGCUAUAGCUGGUUGUCUUGAUAAUUUGUUAUUCUUUUUAUCUCACCAAUGAUAUAGUUAUAAGUAGCUUGAUUGAUUUGGCAAUUAGCUCCAUAUAAGAAAUAUUUAAUUGCUAUAAUUGCAUGUUUUCUUUCUUUAAAGUGUGUUUGUAUGUAUAUAUAACUUAUAUUUGUAUCUUAGCAUAAAAACACAUCAAUGUAAAAAUGGCCCCUCACAAUAUUUUUUGAAGUUUAAUUCCAAUUAGACAAUUUGCCA